CGGUGCGCGCACAGCCCGGGAAAGGCGGGAAAUGGCGGCGCCGAGCGCGGCGUCCCGGCCCGCUUUCCCGCCGAGGGGGUUGAUGGCCGCUGACAGAGGGCGCAGACCAUUCAUCUCAAGAGACGGUCUCAGCUGAACAUGCUCGUAAAGAAUUGUACAGCGGUUCUGUACAAUCUUUUCUGCUUAGCACAGCUUUUCCGGAGUGGUCGAAUACGCGAGUCCUAGUUAUCCUGCGCCCUGUUUGUUCGGCCCGCACGUCUUCCUGAUCCUGCCACACCUCGUGCCGGAGCUGAGGCGUUUCUUCUGCCUUCCCUGGCAGGAUGCUGGGUGUGUGUGGCAUGCACCCCGACCACCAGGAAGCUCUGAAAAGGAACCGCGUGGUGCUGGCGAAACAGCUGUUGCUGAGCGAGCUGUUGGAGCACCUCCUGGAGAAGGACAUCAUCACCUUGGAAAUGCGGGAGCUCAUCCAGGCCAGAGUGGGCAGUUUCAACCAGAAUGUGGAACUCCUCAACCUGUUGCCCAAGCGGGGCCCCCGGGCCUUUGAGGCCUUCUGUGCUGCCCUGAGGGAGACCAAGCAGGCCCACCUGGAGGAGCUGCUGCUCAUAACCCUCUCAGGUCUCCAGCACGUCCCCACACCGCUGAGCUGUGACUACGACCUGGGUCUCCCGUUCCCGGUGUGUGAGUCCUGCCCCCCACUCAAGCAGCCACGCCUGUCUGCAGACACCGUGGAGCACUCCCUGGACAGCGGAGACGGCCCACCCUGUCUGCAGGUGAAGCCGUGUACCCCCGAGUUCUACCAGACACACUGCCAGAUGGCCUACAGGAUGCAGGCACGGACUCGCGGGCUGGCACUGGUGCUGAGCAAUGUGCGCUUCACUGGAGAGAAAGACCUGGAGUUUCGCUCUGGAGGCGAUGUGGAUCGCAGCACUCUGGUUACCCUCUUCAAGCUGCUAGGCUACAACAUCCACGUUCUUCAUGAUCAGACUGCACAGGAGAUGCAGGAGAAACUCCACAACUUCGCCCAGCUGCCCGCGCACCGCCUCACCGACUCCUGCGUCGUGGCGCUGCUCUCCCACGGGGUGGAGGGCGCCAUCUAUGGGGUGGAUGGCAAACUGCUCCAGCUGCAGGAGGUCUUUCGGCUUUUUGACAACGCCACCUGCCCGAACCUGCAGAAUAAGCCCAAGAUGUUCUUUGUCCAGGCCUGUCGUGGAGAUGAGACGGAUCGUGGGGUCGACCAGCAGGACGGGAAGAGCCAGGCGCAGUCCCCUGGGUGUGAAGAGAGCGACGCCGGGACGGAGGGGCUGCUGAAGACACGGCUGCCCACACGCUCAGACAUGAUCUGCGGCUACGCCUGCCUCAGAGGCACGGCCGCCAUGCGUAACACCAAGCGGGGGUCCUGGUACAUCGAGGCGCUGGCCCGUGUGUUCUCCGAGCGGGCCUGCAACAUGCAUGUGGCCGACAUGCUGGUCGAGGUGAACGCACUUAUCAAGGAACGGGAAGGUUACGCCCCCGGCACCGAGUUCCACCGCUGCAAGGAGAUGUCAGAGUACUGCAGCACGCUGUGCCGCCGCCUCUACCUGUUCCCGGGACAGCCCCCCACGUGACCCCUCCGCAGGCCCUGGACCUUGGGAGGUGGGGCGGAGCCUUCUUUCAGGAUGCGUGGCUCCUGUCCCCCUCAGGGAUGUGGGGCUCCCAGGCCUGCCCCGCCUGCCUUCUAGUGGACGUUCCAGGCCAGCUCCCCGUGUGUGAUGUCACUCCCACAGAGCCACCCUGGCAGGACCUGCCCCGGGAGGUGUGGCCACAGAGGUGGAGCGGUGGGCAUGGAGUCUUCCUGUGGAGAGCGGGGGUUCCAUGGCGGUACUCAGUUGCCUCCAGCGCCUUCCUGUCAGCUCACCAUUUUCUCUUCCUUUCACAUCCCGGACCCUGUUUGUUCCAGAGGGAGGCCUGGGAACACAUCCAGUUUAAUGUGGCCAUUUUCCAUCUCGUUUUGAAAACCCAAAUACGAGAUCCUCUGCCGCUGUGUGUGGCGCCUUCAGGCCUGUGAACUGCCAUUGGGAGAUGGAGCCUGACAUCUGGGUGUGUUGGUCUCUGCCUGGGAGCCCCCUGACCUCGGUGGUUGAUACUUCCCCUUUCCUGUGUGAGCCCACAGAGAGCGAGAGAGAAUGAGUCGGCAGAGGUGACAGGGAAGGGCACUUCCUCCUGCUCUCAUCUGUCAUCCUCUCCUCCCCACAUUACCCACUGCAGUGUACCUCCCCACCCCUGUGCCAGGGCACCUCUUCUGGAUCCUGUGAAAGCUUCCUCCUCGUUAUCUCCUGUGUCGCCUGCCCCUCCUGCCCCGCCUGGAAACUCUACUUCUCGGGUCACUGGCUGCUCGAGGGCAUGACGAGACUGUGCCUGGUUCUGCCCCAGUAGUAGGCUUCUCUGAUUCUCCUCCCCUCCCCAGCACUUCUCCAUUCCCUUGAGGCCACUGCCAUAAAACCACAGUCCAAACUCAUGGUGACCCAUGUGUGACGGAGUAGAACUGUGCUCCAUAGCAUUUUCUUGGCCAUGAUCUUCAUGGGAGUAGAUUGCCAGACCUUUUUUUCUGUGGCACUGCUGAGUGGGUUUGAACUGCCUGCCUUUCAGUAGCUGAGCACUUUAAUGGUUUGUGCCACCCGUGGGCCUGGCUACUGCCAUACAUGUUGUCACUUCUUCCACCCAGAAGCCUCUGUGCCUCUGCUCCAAUGAACUCCCCUGUUGCAGUCUUCUGUGUUACUUCAUUCUCACCCCUUCCACUCUGUUUUCCAUGUGGUGACAGUGGGUUUGUUUUCUUACAUGUAAACCUGACCAUGUCGCCUACUGCUUGGAACCUUUCUACUUCGUGUUUAUCACACCUUAGAUACAAUCUCACUCUUUCCCUGGCCCGCAGCCCUGCUCAAGAGAGCUGGUCUGCUCCUCCCGAGCAGCAUGAGCAGCUUCUUCCCCUCAGCUGCAGCCCAGGGCCACCUCGACACUCUGCGCUCUCCUGCCCUGGGCCCUCACAGGCCCUGCUCCUGGGUCCGGAGCCCUACCCCUUGAGCUGUGCUGGGCUGGCACCCCUGUGCUCCGAGUCUUAGCUUCAGCACCAACUUCUCAGGGAGGCUUGCCGGGCGCGUCCAUGUCUGACAGUCUCCUGAGUCCCAGCUGCUGCAUCUUGAUCGAUCCUCUGUCGCACUGACCACGGUGUGUGAUCCCACACUUGCUUGGUUUGUUGACUUCUGUCCCGCUAGGUUGUAAGCUCCAGGUUGUUGACAAGUGUCCCGCUACACUUAAUAGUCCAUGUGUACAAUGUAGCAUUUGUACUCUAUUUUUAUACAUGUUUUGUUUGAUUCAAUGGUAUUGGCUCCUUGAAGACAAAUGUCAUGUGUGAGGCAGCCUUUUCAUCUCCCAUGGUGCCAGGUACAGCGCCAGGCCUGCCGUCGUUAAGGUGCUCCACCAGUCCUGCCCUGUGGGCCAGUGGGCUGGGCUUGCUACCGCCCUGCCCUGGUCCAUCACGGCAUGGACGUGGUUGUGAUGCAGCCUGCCCACUGCCAGGGCUCCGUAUUGCCAUCAGGUGCCAAAUAAAUGCUGUUUAUUA